AUGAUUAAGAUUUAUGAUGAUGAUGAUUUCGAUGAUGAUGAUGAUGUGGAUGAAGAUGAAGAUUUGGAUGAUAAUGAUUAUUUGGAUGAUGAUGAGGCUGAUGAUUCGGAUAAUGAUGAUGUUGAUGAUGAUUUGGAUCAUGCUGAUGAUGAUGAUGAUAACGUAGAUGAUCAUGAUGAUUUGAAUGAUUAUGAUGAUUUGGAUGAUUAUGAUUUGUAUGAUGAUGAUGUUGAUGAUAAUUUUGAUUAUGAUGAAUAUUUGGAUGAUAAUGAUGAUUUCGAUGAUGAUGAUGAUUUGGAUGAUGAUGAUGAUGAUAAUGUGGAUGAUGAUGAUGAUGAUGAUUUGGAUGAUGAUGAUGAUGUUGAUUUGGAUGAUGAUGAUUAUGAAGAAGAUGAUGUUGAUGUUGAUGAUGAUAUCGAUUUAGAUGAUGAUGAUGAUUUCGAUGAUGAUGAUGAUGAAGAUGAUGAUGAUGAUUUGGAUGAAGAUGAUGAUGAUGAUUUGGAUGAUGAUGAUUUGAAUGAUUAUGAUGAUUUGGAUGAUUAUGAUUUGCAUGAUGAUGAUGUUGAUGAUAAUUUUUAUGAUGAUGAAUAUUUGGAUGAUAAUGAUGAUUUCGAUGAUGAUGAUGAUUUGGAUGAUGAUGAUGAUGAUAAUGUGGAUGAUGAUGAUGAUGAUGUUGAUUUGGAUGAUGAUGAUUAUGACGAAGAUGAUGUUGAUGUUGAUGAUGAUAUUGAUUUAGAUGAUGAUGAUGAUUUCGAUGAUGAUGAUGAUGUGGAUGAUGAUGAAGAUUUGGAUGAUAAUGAUUAUUUGGAUGAUGAUGAUGCUGAUGAUUCGGAUAAUGAUGAUGUUGAUGAUGAUUUGGAUCAUGCUGAUGAUGAUGAUGAUAACGUAGAUGAUCAUGAUGAUUUGAAUGAUUAUGAUGAUUUGGAUGAUUAUGAUUUGUAUGAUGAUGAUGUUGAUGAUAAUUUUGAUUAUGAUGAAUAUUUGGAGGAUAAUGAUGAUUUCGAUGAUGAUGAUGAUUUGGAUGAUGAUGAUGAUGAUAAUGUGGAUGAUGAUGAUGAUGAUGAUUUGGAUGAUGAUGAUGAUGUUGAUUUGGAUGAUGAUGAUUAUGAAGAAGAUGAUGUUGAUGUUGAUGAUGAUAUCGAUUUAGAUGAUGAUGAUGAUUUCGAUGAUGAUGAUGAUGUGGACGAUGAUGAAGAUUUGGAUGAUAAUGAUUAUUUGGAUGAUGAUGAUGCUGAUGAUUCGGAUAAUGUUGAUGUUGAUGAUGAUUUGGAUCAAGCUCAUGAUGAUGAUGAUAACGUAGAUGAUCAUGAUGAUUUGAAUGAUUAUGAUAAUUUGGAUGAUUAUGAUUUGUAUGAUGAUGAUAAUGAUUCGUAUGAUGAUGAUGAUGAUGAUUUGGAUGAUUAUGAUGAUGAUUUGGAUGAUGAUGAUGAUUUGAAUGCUGAUUAUGAUUUGUAUGAUGAUGAUGAUGAUGAUUGGGAUGAUUAUGAUGAUUUUUAUGAUUAUGAUUUGUAUGAUGAUGAUGUUGAUGAUAAUUUGUAUGUUGUUGAUGUCAAUUUGGAUGAUGAUGAUGAUUUCGAUGAUGAUAAUGAUGAUUUGGAUCAUGCUGAUGAUGAUGAUGAUGUCGUAGAUGAUCAUGAUGAUUUGAAUGAUUAUGAUGAUUUGGAUGAUUAUGAUGAUUUUUAUGAUUAUGAUUUGGAUGAUGAUGAUGACGAUGAUUAUGAUGAUGUGGAUGAUGAUUUGGAUGAUUAUGAUUAUUUGGAUGAUGAUGAUGAUGAUGAUUCGGAUAAUGAUGAUGAUGAUUUGGAUCAUGCUGAUGAUGAUGAUGAUGAUGAUGUCGUAGAUGAUCAUGAUGAUUUGAAUGAUUAUGAUGAUUUGGAUGAUUAUGAUGAUUUUUAUGAUUAUGAUUUGUAUGAUGAUGAUGUUGAUGAUAAUUUGUAUGUUGUUGAUGUCAUUUUGGAUGAUGAUGAUGAUGAUGAUGAUGAUGAUGAUGAUGAUGAUGAUGAUUUGGAUGAUGAUGAUGAUGACGAUGAUGAUAAUUUGGAUGAUGAUGAUGAUUUGGAUGAUGAUAAUGAUGAUUUGAAUGAUGAUUUUGAUUUGUAUGAUGAUGAUGAUGAUUUGGAUGAUUAUCAUGAUAAUGAUGAUUUGUAUGAUGAUGAUGAUGAUUUGGAUAAUUAA